GUUACCGGAAUUGCCACUGCUGAGGUGUGUCGUGGCGCAGUGCGUUCGCCUUGUUUGGAGUGACAAGGCGACGACCCAGUUCAAAGUGUGCGACAAUACAUGACAGGGUGUUCCAAAUGCAACAACUUCUCGAAAUGGAGUACGGGAGGGAAGGGGAGUGGCGAUUCCAGAAAAGGAACAAGGUAUGGAAUCGGACAACGACUCGCACCGCAUUGCGUUGCAGAAAGAAGAGAGGGAUGGGAACACUUAAAGAGGAGCUCGGGGACAGAGUACCAACGAAGCUGGGUUGAAGGUCCAAAUGGGAAGCAAGGUAGAAGGCGUACAACAAUACCGCAGAGCAGGAUAAGAUCCAAGUUGUGACUUGAAACUUUUGAGACGAUGGAUUGCACGUGAAUGAAGAAUAUGUCGAUGCUAAACAGAGCGCAUGCCUUCCUUGGCGGGGUAUGUCAGGCGAGAAGGAGAAGAUAUGAUGGUGAUAAUUGU